AUGGAGAACAUGAUGCAGGGCAAUAAGAUCAGACGAGUUGCAGCUACUCGCAUGAAUGAGAGGUCAUCUCGAUCACACACGAUUUUCCGGAUUACUCUGGAGUCGAAAGAUGCCAAUCAGAAAGAUGGACCUGUACAUAUAAGCUACCUCAACUUAAUGGACUUAGCUGGUUCUGAGAGAGUUUCUCUGACGAAAGCUGCUGGUGAGCGUCUUAAAGAGGGGGCUAACAUAAACAAAUCUUUGUCAGUAUUAGGAAAUGUGAUAAGGCAACUAAGCGAGGGGAAGGAGUUUAUCAGUUAUCGCGAUUCGAAAUUGACUAGACUGCUCUCACAGGCUCUUGGCGAUGUAUAUGGAUCUGUAGUAAAACCUUUAGUCGAUUCCUUCAUGGAAGGUUUCAAUGCCACAAUAUUUGCAUAUGGCCAAACAUCUUCUGGCAAAACACACACCAUUUUGGGCAAUAAAACAGAUCCUGGGCUUUUCCAAUUAGUAUCCAAUCAGUUAUUCCAGCAUGUGGCAGACCAGGUUGAUAAGAGGUACUUGAUUAGAUGCUGUUAUAUUGAAAUCUACAAUGAAAAGAUCAAUGACCUCCUGGAUAAGAGCAAUCAGGGUUUAACUAUAAGAGAAGAUAUCAAAGGAAAUGUGCUGCUUGAUGCAAGGGAAGCUGUCGUAGACAAUGUUGAUAAAGUUAUGGAGAACAUGAUGCAGGGCAAUAAGAUCAGACGAGUUGCAGCUACUCGCAUGAAUGAGAGGUCAUCUCGAUCACACACGAUUUUCCGGAUUAUUCUGGAGUCGAAAGAUGCUAAUCAGAAAGAUGGACCUGUACAUAUAAGCUACCUUAACUUAAUGGACUUAGCUGGUUCUGAGAGAGUUUCUCUGACGAAAGCUGCUGGUGAGCGUCUUAAAGAGGGGGCUAACAUAAACAAAUCUUUGUCAGUAUUAGGAAAUGUGAUAAGGCAACUAAGCGAGGGGAAGGAGUUUAUCAGUUAUCGCGAUUCGAAAUUGACUAGACUGCUCUCACAGGCUCUUGGCGAUGUAUAUGGAUCUGUAGUAAAACCUUUAGUCGAUUCCUUCAUGGAAGGUUUCAAUGCCACAAUAUUUGCAUAUGGCCAAACAUCUUCUGGCAAAACACACACCAUUUUGGGCAAUAAACAGAUCCUGGGCUUUUCCAAUUAG